AUGCCGCCUGACGCAGAUAAGCCGCUGCUGCCGCUUCUGGCUUCACUGGCCCGCAAGCGGCAAGCACUGGCGCCAGUUGAGGACGGCAAGAGCGGCCAGCAUGGCGGCAAAGAGACCACCAACAAGAAACCGCAGAGGAAAGCAAAGUCGAAGAUGAAAGCCAAGAAGGGGGCCCCGAUGGAAGUCUCCUCAAACCGCCCGACGCCACCACCUCGGGCGGCCGCGGCGCGGAGUGGCGUGAAGUUGGCCUCCAUGCGCCCGCGAGACCCUCGCUUUGAGGAUUCCAGCGGCACCUUCGACGUGGAUGGAUUUGGGAAGGCAUACUCCUUUCUGGAAGAGUACCGGGCAGAAGAGCUCGAAAAACUGAAAGAAGCCCAGCACAAGUUGCAAGAGUUGCGCCGGAAGCGGCCGAAGGAUUCGACACUGGAGGUGCAGGAAGAAGAGGUCACAUCAGAGAUAAAGCGCAGAGUUCAGCAGGACAAGCAAAGGAGACACAUAGGUCGCCUCCAGGAUGCUGAGCGGACUCUCAAGGGACAAGAGCGGCAGAAGGUGAAGGAGACGGGCAAGGUGCCGUACUUUCACCGGAAGAAAGCAGCGCGAAAGUUGCUGAUCGAGAAGAAGAAGGAGGAGAAGAAGGAGCAACAUGGCAGAAACAAAGCGGAGGAGCGUCGGGAGAAGAAGCUCGCCGCGCGCGAGAAGAAGAAGAUUCCAACACGUUGCAAGUCCACUACUGGCCUCAGCACUUCCCACGAGGUUGACGGUGCCGGCGCGGCGGCCGAGGCACGCAUCGAGAUUCCCAAUUCCUGGAGCGAUGCAAGGUUGCAGGAGGCCCUUGGGAAGCCUUUCGCCUUGAACCGUUUCUGGCCCUUCUGGCCUCUUCAAAGGUUGUGGCAGGAGCUGCCGAACGGCUACGUUGAGGGGGAAGUGGUGCACAUGCAUUUCGAUGGUAUGCUGGUGUUCUUAUCGGUCUUGGUCUCGGCGGCAGGUGCGUUUGCAUCGUUAACAACCUCCGCAUACAUGCGCUUGGUUAGAGACACGAAGUGGUACUACAUUCUGCUCCUUCAGUGCGGUCUUGGGCUGGGAGUCUCCACAGUCUGGGCGAUGCACUUCGUGGCUAUGCGCAGUGUUCACCUCGGGGGUGGGUCAGAGUCUGAUGGCGCACACCGACUUCAGAUGGGCUUCGAUCAAGUAUUCACCUUCUUGUCCGCGUUGGUUGCCUGGAUUCUCUCAACGUUGGCAGUGCACAUUGCCUUGAGUGCAUCCCACAAAGGUCCCCGGCUCGGGCUUUCGUCUGUCAUACUGGCUGCGGGCAUCUUCUCCCUGCACUAUAUGGGCAUGCUUGCCGAAAGGGGACCGUUCAUCAUCCACUACAACGUAGAGAUGGUACUUCUGAGUCUUGUAGUGUCCGUCGCGUGUUCUGUGGGAAUCAUGGCUCUUGUCCAGCGCCUUCCUAAUUCCACGACAUGGCGCAUUGCUGGUGCUUGGCUGGUGUCUGCUCUUGCCUGCAGCAUCCACUACCUAGCCCUUCUAGCACUGACGCACAAGGCGCAUCCCUCUGGGUGGACAUGGGGCAUCAUCUGGGAGCCGGUAGAGGUUCGCGCCGAGGUACCCGUCAUUGUGUCCCUCGUGCUGGAUGUGCUCCUUAUGACGGGCAACGCUUUCUACUUGGAGGUCAUCCAGGUCAGAGACAAAGUCGCCAUGGAGAAGGAGCUUGAGCACAGCAGCUUCGUGUCAGAAACGAAGCGGCUCAUGAAGCGAUGCAGGCAGAUGCAGUUCCCCAUGGCUGUCCUGCGGGCCAAUGACUUUAUGAAGUUGGGCAAGAUUGCGCAGCAUGAGUGGCUUCGGGAUAGAAAGCUCCUGAUCAUGCUGGACACACCUGCAGGAGCUGCCAAGCUACGCAGGAAGGGCUGCAUCAUCUUCUUUUCGCAUCAGUGGCUCUCCACCGACUUGCCCGAUCCGGCUGGGCAGCAGUUUGGAGACAUGACCAAGGCGAUCCAGGAGAUGGCGAACUCCCAGCGCUUGAGAACAGAAAGUAUCUUUGUGUGGGUGGAUUACUCCUGCAUCCCGCAGCGUUCCGCAGAGCAGCAGCAGUUGGCGGUGAACUCCUUACCGGCCUAUGUGGCCGCGUGCUCUGAGUUUGUCGUCAUCGCUCCGCAGGUGCUGCAUGCUAACACCAAGGCCCCCUGUAACUUUACAAGCUAUGCAGGCCGCUUCUGGUGCCGCUUGGAAGUCUUUUGUGCUCUCAUGUCUGCAAUGGCGCAGGAGCACACGGGCCGCAAUAACAUGCUUAUGACAAGCAGGGUGAGCAUGGCGAGCAGCGUGGGCUCCAUCGGCUCGACAAUCAACGAAGACUCACCAGACGAAUUUUUUACAUGCGUAGGACGCUGUGAGUCAGACAUGUCGCAAGAGGAGGACUCUGUAAAGCAGCGCAUGUACGUAGUGUGCGAGGGCAAGCUCCAGCCUUUACUUUUUCUUGGACCCCACGGCUUGAAGGAAGACUUUGCAGAUUUGCUGGACGUGUACGGAGGAAGCCUUGAUUGCUGCAAAAGGGGCCACAAGACGGCAUCGGGAGAAGAGACUAUCUGCGACAAGGCCAGAGUCGUGGAAACUUUGACGGGGCUGUAUGGUACCAUGGUGGUGCAGCUCUUGAGGUUGCGCAAGGAGAGUGAAGGAGGGCUUCUCCGACAGGGCCUUGUGCAGCUGGGAGACAUGUUGAUCCAGCAGCGUGAUGCCUUGUUCCCGGCCGAGUACUUCAGUACACGCAUACAAGCCGUGCAUGAGUGUUUGAGCCAGGAGUAUUUAAGACAGAAGUCGAAGACACGCGAGGUCCCGAUCAAUCGGCCUGAAGGCAUGACUGGCUCAUUGACUCUGACAGAUGUUGAUACGCUGUUGUUGGAGCUUGGUGCUGCGAUUGUUUCUGAGGACUCUUCCAUCUCUCUCUCUGACACAGACAUGAGCACCUUUGGCAUAGGCCCUCGGAGAAGUGAUACAGAGGAUCCGCAGGUAGCCUCGAUGGGCGAUAAGCCUGCCUGGGGUGAGGACGACCCCGAUGAUGCGCCUCGCGAGGAGGCGCCGCUCCCUGCCGAGGUUGUUUCCAGACGAAAGCGGAAGGUGACAAAAGAGGAGGAGGUGAAAGAGCAGGAAGAGUAUGUCACCAUGUCGGUGGAGGAGAUCUUCCCCAAGAAGCCCAUGGACCGGCUUCGCUGGCUCUUCAAAGCCUGCAAGGCAGCCAAAGAGGGGCGAAUCAAGCCAAACCCACUGUACAACAUCGUCGCUCAUAGGAGGUUUCUCGAAGGCCUCAAGGGCAGCAUUGCCACUGACUGCCUCAAUCUCAUCCGUGGCCACAUCCACCUCUUUAGCCCCAAGCAGCAGAAACAGCUGCAGUCCGACAACUUCGAGCUGUUCCGGAAGUAUGCCCCAAUCAGUGUCCUUGACUCUGACGAUGACGAGGAUGCCGCGCCGCCACUGCCGCCGCCUCCGGAAGUCCACGUCGAGAUGAAGGACAAGAAAAAGAAGAAGGGCGAAGCACGCAAGCAAAUAGAGGAGGAGGAAGAGUUUGGCUUCAGUGAUGAUGACACUGAGGUGAAGAAGGCGAGGAUUUUGGCCAAGGGCAUCGAACGGCGUAUUGACCCAGCAGAUGGCCAGGCGUAUACUUUAGAGGAGUUCACCACGGAGUACGGUGGCAGUGGGGACAAGCCACCCGUCGAGUGGGAAAACGCCAGACAUACGUCGUUCAUCUACAAGGAGUAA